UGCAGGCUGACGGCAGAGGGGAAGUCAAAGUCGAUGCAGCUCAUCAUUCGUUUGCCUAUCAGGACAGCUUGCUACGCUCGUAGCAGUGACAAUUCUAUCGAUCACUUACCCUUCCUGGUGUCGCAUCUGUUCGCACUACCUGAACCCCGUUUUGAACCUCGAUUGCGAUAAGCCACUCAUCUUGACUGAAUAGUAACAGUGCCAUCACAGCACGCGACUAAAGAUACUCAACAUCUUUCGGAAGACAUAAGCAUGCGCGCCUCUUCGGCCAUCCUGGCGUUGCCAGCGCUCGCGAGCGCACAACAAAUCCCUUUCCUCGACCAAGUGAAAGGCUGGUUCGGCCAGGCUUCCGAGACCGUCUCCUCCGCUGUCACCUCCGCGAGCGCAUCAGUGGCAUCGAUGUCGAUACCCAACCCCGUUGCAUCAGGUGCAGCCGCAGUUGCAGACCUUAAAGUCGAGCGACUGACACUGGACAACUACAGGAGGAUCUUGAAGCACGGCGCUGGGGCGACUCCGGGUAUCGAAGAAUGGAUGAUCAUGGUGACGGGCGGCAACACGACUUGCUUCGGCUUUUGCGAACGCGCAGAGAUCGCGUGGAAUCAGUCUGUGGCUCUCAUAGCGGCUUCGCGCUCGCCUCCCCACCUUGCCAUGCUAGACUGUGAGACGGAUCCGAUCCUGUGCAGCGCGUGGGCCAUGAGCCCACCGACUGUAGUUCACAUAGAGCUGCCGCAGCCUCUGCCUGAUCAGUCCACCCCAGCAACGACAGUGCGCUCGUUUGCGCUGAACAGGACUACGGUUACGUCGCCGGAGAUCGCGGCCAUCCAUUUGCAGGAGAAGUACAAAGAGGUGCAGCCGUACGAGGGUUUCUGGCACCCGUUCGACGGGCCGCUGGCGAAGAACAACCUGUCUGUUCCGGCUGGUUAUGCGGUCCAUUACUUCUCGAAGAUCCCGUCGUGGGCAUUCAUGAUUGCUGUGAGCUUCUUGAGCAGGAAUAUGAUGUAAGUGGCCUGUUUCGCAGCAUUUCGAUCCCAGAGACUGACUCUUGUGCAGGAGCAAUAGGAUGGGCCGACAAGCAGGAAGGCCGGCGGGAGGUGCACCGGCUGCUCCUGCGCCCGCAACCUGAUGGAAUGAAUGUAACACAGGAUUGACUGAUCAAUUACGGCCAAUGCAGGCCCGCGCGCUCAUAUGGUGGUCAACG